CAACAGUGUAGAAUUAGAAAAUUCCGUUUUACGCGUCGCUACAUCUGGCGGUUUUUAAAAUUUUCAAACAUUGUCUUUUUAUUUGAUCGAAGGAAAACUAUAAAGACUUUGUAUGACGGAGCGGAACAGUUACAGGAUAGGGCAAUGUUGUCUUAGCGAGACGGAGUGACCCCGUGGAUUCCGUGGAAGAUCCCAGCUCUUGUUGUCUGUUCCGGAGGGUACCCGAGCAAAGGAACUGGAGUGUCAUGUCGCUCGCCCCGAAGGAGCUUUCCAACCUGCUGGGGAUUAUUUCCGAGGAUGCUUGUACCAACACAUUUGAGAACUUAUCUACAGCUUUCCACCAUUGCUUCGGCAAGGCCGAACACUUUCGAGUGGGUUCGGUGUUAGUAAUGUUACUUCAGCAGCCCGACCUUCUCCCGACGUCUCCACAGCGGCUCACAGCCCUUUAUCUUCUCUGGGAGAUGUAUCGGACCGAACCGCUAGCUGCCAACCCAUUCGCUGCCGUUUUUGCCCACCUGCUUAACCCAGCACCGGUUGGCGAGGAGCAGGAAAAGCCGUUAUCAGGAUUUCUUCCACCUAUAACUUUGCCUGAAAAAUUCUUUCUGUCUCAGCUGAUGUUGGCUCCACCUCGGGAACUUUUCAAGAAGACUCCACGGCAAAUCUCAUGCAUGGAUGUUGGAAAUAUGCCUCAGUCAGUUGAUAUAAGUGGACUCCAACUUGCAUUAGCAGAACGACAGUCGGAACUGCCAACACAGAGUAAAGCCAGCUUUCCCAGCAUCCUUAAUGAUCCAGAUCCAGAUUCAUCUAACUCGGGAUUUGACAGCUCUGUGGCCAAUCAGAUUACAGAAGCCUUAGUCAGUGGGCCGCGACCCCCAAUUGAAAGUCAUUUUCGGCCAGAAUUCAUUCGUCCACCUCCACCUCUCCAUGUGUGUGAUGAUGAACUGGUAUGGCUUAACCCUUCUGAGCCUGACCAUGCCAUACAAUGGGACCGUUCUAUGUGUGUGAAAAACAGUACAGGUGUGGAGAUUAAGAGGAUUAUGUCCAAGGCUUUUAAAAGUCCUCUUUCUGCACAACAGCAGACUCAGCUUCUCGGAGAACUUGAAAAAGAUCCUAAACUGGUAUAUCACAUUGGUCUUUCACCCUCCAAACUCCCUGACCUAGUAGAAAACAAUCCUUUGGUUGCAAUUGAGAUGCUGCUGAAACUGAUGCAAUCAAGUCAGAUCACAGAGUAUUUUUCUGUCCUUGUAAAUAUGGAUAUGUCUCUUCAUUCUAUGGAGGUUGUAAAUAGGCUCACAACAGCAGUUGAUCUCCCUCCUGAAUUCAUCCAUUUAUAUAUUUCAAACUGCAUUUCCACCUGUGAACAAAUCAAAGACAAGUAUAUGCAGAAUCGACUGGUACGCCUUGUUUGUGUCUUCCUUCAGUCUUUGAUUCGAAACAAAAUCAUAAAUGUUCAGGACCUGUUUAUAGAAGUUCAGGCAUUUUGUAUUGAAUUCAGCCGUAUCAGAGAAGCAGCUGGACUGUUCCGCCUUCUGAAAACACUGGACACCGGGGAGAGUCCUUCUGAAGCCAAACCCAGCAAAUAGGGGAUUGCUGCUCGAUUUGAGAGGCACUUGGGUGUAAUCAAUACAGUCUCAGAUUUCUUUGUACAGAUUUUACUGUGUGGCUUGCAUAUCCUCCUCCAUGGAAUUUGACAUCAACAGUGUUGCGAGAGAAAUCCAUUUUUACACUUUCAUGAGAACUGUUUUUGGUUAUUCAACAGACUUUAUUUCUUUUAUUUUUGUUUUCUAAUUUUAAUGUAUCUUUAAUCCACGCCAACACUGUUAUGUAAUAAAUAAGUUGAACAGA